AUGUCCAACACAUACAAAAUAAUUGUCACCUACCUACGUAAUAGAGUCCUAGUAUUUGCGGGAUAUAAAACAAACAUUAUUCUUUCAAAAAGACUAUGCAUUGAAGUUAAUGCUGUAUUUUAUGGAGCCGUAGAAAGUAAGGCAAAAAUUCCUAGGGUAAUUCUAAAUGAGCGUUUGAAUGGUUAUGAGCUAUGCAAUAUAUUGGGUGUGUUUCAACAUAUAAAAGGCCUUAUGUACCGAGUAAACCGGGCUAGACAAAUUACUAGAAUUGGAUUCCGGCGAGAUCAAAAUAACUUCUUAUUAUAUAUUUCGAUAAUGGGAGCAAAACGACUUACUUCGACAGAUAGAAAGGUACGAGCUAUAGAAGUGCUUGAAUGCUUUACUCAAUCCAAGAAUCAAUUAUCAUGUAUAGGCUAUAAGAUAAAUCAAAGAAGACUUAAGGAAUAG